AUGUUAUAUCAAGCAUCACAUCAAUCAUUUUCGUCACAUGUUUACUCCACACGCGAUGGUUCUCGAGUAGCCGCAUUCAUUGGUGACGAGGGUUUGCACGAGUACAAUUUUAAAGAUGCCAGAACACUACACCAAGCGAUUCGUCGGGGCUUACGUGAAUCCAAUAAUGGUCCAAUGUUGGGCAUUCGCAAAAAGCAGCCUGACGGUAGCGCACCUUACGUGUGGUUGACAUAUCAGGAGGUUAUCGAUCGUUCUGUUGAUUUAACCUAUGGUAUCUCAACGUUGGGCAUUAAGGCUGGUCAGCAAACAUUCAUUGGG